GUGUCAGUGUGUGUUAGUGUCACUGUGUGUGUUAGUGUCAGUGUCAGUGUAGGGGAUGUCCUCUCGGAGGCGCAGUGGCCCGCGGGCCCGGGCUCGGCUGGUGUACCGCUCCCUGCAGAGCGCACAGGAGUGCGCCGAGAGCCACCAUUUCGGCACAGCCUUCGCCCACUACCUGCUGUUCCUCAACCUGGCCCCAGAGCUCAAGGACAUCGCCAGGGAAUCUUUCCAAACUACUCUUCUGAAAUGGGCAGAAGAAUUGGAUUCCUUAAGUCGGAUCCAAGAUAUAUUUGACUGCUAUGAACAGGCUUUAGAACUCUUCCCCGAUAAUGAGGUGAUCUGGAAUAGUAUGGGAGAACAUUUAUUUCGCAUGGGGUUCCGGGAUGAAGCUGCUGGGUAUUUCCACAAAGCCGUCAAACUCAAGCCUGAUUAUACAGAAGCAAGGGAGAAUUUUUAUCGUGUUGCCAACUGGUUAGUGGAACGCUGGCAUUUUUUAAUGCUGAAUGAUAAAAAGAGGAACUUUGCCUAUGAGAGAGCGAUCCAGAAAGCAGUGCAAUCUGGCUGCAGCUCUAUUUUGGAUAUUGGAACAGGCACUGGUAUUCUCAGUAUGUUUGCAAGAAAAGCUGGAGCUUCCCAUGUCUAUGCUUGUGAGCUAUCCAAGACCAUGUAUGAAAUUGCUUGUGAGGUAGUAACUGCAAACAAAAUGGCAGGAGAAAUCCAGGUCCUGCAUAUGAAAUCAUUAGAUAUGGAAAUACCUAAAGAUCUCUCCAGCAGGGUAUCACUAGUUGUUACAGAAACUGUGGAUGCUGGGUUGUUUGGUGAAGGUAUUGUGGAGAGUUUGAUACACGCAUGGAAAUAUCUUCUGUUACCACCACAGAUAUCAAUAGAGGGUGCUCCUGUUGAAAGAUUUGGCCGAGUCAUUCCUUCGUGUGCUGUUAUAUUCGCAGUGGCGGUGGAGUGUCAACAGAUUCGCAGACACCACAGAGUUUGCUUUAGUGACAUUGGUGGGUUGUGUUUGAAUGGAACAGUGAAAUGGUACAGUCCAAUUGGCAAUCGCCCUGAUGGCAUUGAUGCUGCUGAACCUUACACGACUGAGAGAAUGAGUCGUAUUCCUGGUGGAUAUACACCACUGACUGACAACUUCCAGGCCAUGACCAUUGACUUCAAUAAUCCACAGGAAUUGGAAGGGCUCACUACUAGGGAUUCUUAUCAACUGAGUCUGCCAAUAGUCAAGGAGGGUGUGCUGGAUGCAGUUGUAGCUUGGUUUGUUCUGCAACUUGAUGAUGAAAUAAGUCUCUCCACUGGUCCCAGUGAAGAGACAUGUUGGGAACAGGCUGUGUAUCCUGUACAUGAAGGGCUCAGCCGAACUGUAAAGCCUGGUGACACUCUUGUAGUUGAUGUUUCCUGCAAGGACUCGUACCUGAUUUUUAACAGUGUUGCUGUAGUUAGCUCUGAGGACAAAAUGGAAAUUGAGAUGAAUAGCAUGAGCGAUCAGAAAUGCAAUGACCUUGCAAGUGAGACUGAACUUUGCAACGCAUUGGCCAGUCUCCAGACUACAAAUGAACCAGGAAUGGCCCUUCAACACUGUAUGCUUGAAUCUUCAGAAAUAGCUAGACUCAAUAAUACACAAUAUAAUGACCAUUUCAAAUAUGCCUUGAGCAGGGCACUGUCUUUAAUGUCAGACGAAAAUGGAACCUGUUCUUCCCAAACCAUGGAUGAUAGCAGUUCAAACCUGAAUAGCGAAAACAUGAACAGCCUGAGUUCUUUAGAUGUGCCUUCUGACAGGCUGUAUGUGUUAGAUGUAUCUGAGGGUUUCUCCAUUUUGCCUUUAAUUGCUGCCAAAUUGGGUCCAGUUAAAGUUUUUAGUUCCAUAGAAAAAGCACAGCAACAAGCUGCAUUGAGUACUUUAGCAGAAACAAAUGACAUUUCAAAAGACGUGUUGGAGUUUUGGCACAACCAUCUGCAGGAUGAUUCUGCAAUACUACAAAAGCCUCAAUCAGACAAGCUGUGGAGUGUUAUUAUUCUUGAUGCUGUUGAGAUGUGUGGACUGGUCCGACAGGGGCUAAUGGAAAAAGCAGCUCUAGCUAGACGUUUGCUUUAUCCUGAGGGUAGGCUGUUUCCUCAGAGUAUAACAGUAUAUGGGAUGCUAGUGGAUUCUGAGACCUUACUGCAAGAGAGUGCUGUCCAAGGAAAAGAACCCACAUUAGGAUUCAAUAUUGCACCUUUCAUCAACCAAUUCAAGGUACCUGUCCAUGUCUUCCUAGAUUUAUCUACAUUGCCUUAUGCCCGUUUGAGUGAGCCAGUGGAGCUAUUGAAGCUGGAUCUAAUGAACCUCUUUACUGAUGAUAUGAGCAGUGAAAUCAAGGUUCAAAUCUGUUCUUCGGGGAAGAUAACUGCAGUCCCAUUUUGGUAUGAAAUUCACCUGGACACAGAUACCAGCCUGAGUACAUGGAGUGAUACUUCUCAUUGGAAGCAAGCUGCUUUUGUUCUGGAUAUUCCCCUGCAAGUUAAAAUGGGAGAUGAGCUUUUACUGAAAAUUCACUAUCACAAGAGUAAUAUCACAAUAACAUUAAAUCAUACUUAGCUGUAUUAUGAAAUGAAUUAAAGAAAGAGCAACAAAUGUAUAUCCAAUGUACUUUGAAGCAGAAAAUGAUAGCACUGUAUCCAUGGAUUGACAGGUUAGACAACUGAAAGAUAAACUAUUACCGCAUGAAAGAUUAGCAGUUGCAAAGAGAUUCUUCCCCUACAAGCAGUCACUAUAAAAUGGCAAUCCCAGGGAUUAGUGAGAGGUGAACAAACUAAACUGCAAAAAAAAACACCUUGAGCAAGCAGCAAGAUGUUUAAUUUAGCAAAAGGCCACCAGCUGAUGGAAAAUUAGAAUUUUGCAUUGGUUAAGAUAAAUCAGGAAAAUUUGAUUGCCACUUGUGAGACUUACAGAAUGUACGUAAUGCCUUGUUACCCAACAUUCAUUAACACUAGUAAAACAUUGAAAGGAACUCGAUAUAUGUGUUCUUGAAGUUCUAUAGAUGAAACUAUUUGGAUUUGCAUUGCCCCAUUGAAGGGCAUUCUUACAAAACCACUGGAUUUUUAAAUCCUAAUUGUUUUAUUUUAAUGUGUGAGUAAAACAGGUUUGUGUCUGACAGCUGCGGAAACCCAUUAUCAUGCUUAAGAGAAUCUAACAGUUUCACAUACGUAUUACUAGCUGUACCUGUUGGAGCUACGCGUGGAACCAAUUUCAUUUAAUCAGUCUUCUCUCAUCUGGCAUUUUCAUUUGUCCUUGAAAGGCUUGAUCUUCGCUUCUUAGACAUCUUAA